AUGGGAACCCUAAGAGGUAUCAGUGAUCCAUGGGAGGUCUACGAGAGGGAAACCUCCAGCAGCAGCUCUUGUGAUGCAGGCCAGAAUGCCUGUGUUCAGGAGGAGCUCAGACUUAAACACCUGCUGUUGCUGAGGGAUGCAUUUACCCGUCGCACAACCUUGGACAGGGGGUCCCGGCAGAGUUGGAGAGGUGCACGGAAAAAGGGAGGAGGAGAAAGAGGGAUGAGUCUGGAGGAGUUCCAGACUGCUCUGAGUACUGUGAUUGGUCCAGACAGCCAGAGCGGAUGGCUGGAGAGGGUCUUCAAUGAGAUUGACGUGUCAUGUGAUGGCUAUGUGGAGUGGGAGGACCUGUGUAGCUACCUGCUGCAGCAGUGCAGAGAGAGAGACCACACCUCCAGGCCAAGAGACGCUCUACUAGACACUGAGCCACUCAUCAAACACUGCUCACACAACAAGCAGGAGCCCACUAUCUGUGUAGUGGCUGUUCCCCAUCCUCCCCCCCUCCGCUACGUCAGUGUCAGUAAGGGGGGGCUGCUGACUGUGUGGAACAACCGACUACAAGUCCUCAAGACUCUGGAGCUGGCUGGAGACCCUACAGAGCAAGGGGUUAACAGAAGGAGGUUCAGGGGCUGGACCACUGAUGCUGUCUACCUGCCCAAAGUCCACAAGGUCGCCAUAGCAACCAGCAGCAGGGACCUCCACUUUGUUGACGUGUCCACGGCCAGCUGCUUUGAGGACAUCCACUUGUUUGGGUUCCCCAAUGUUCCAACCUCUCUCUGCUACUGGCAUGACAUAAAGUCUCCAGGGGGGCGCUCUUUGCUGCUGUGGGGAGAUGAAAAGGGAGGGAUCCAUCUGUUGUGGUUCCUCCAACUCCACAAUGGACUGUUUGAGAGCCCCUUCACUGAGGACAAUGUCCCACAGAGGAUUUACAUGCAGGAUAUUGGUGACCACAGCCGCCUAGUCUCCUACCAACACAUCCCCACAGUCCACCAGGAACCAAUCAACAGGAUCAUUUUCGAGCCCCACACUGACCUCAUCAUGACAUCAUCAGGAAGCGACACCUCCUCAGUGGUCAUCAUGCACAUGUCACUCAGGAGAAAACCCUAUGUUUGGAGAAUCAAUAAGGGUGUGACGUGCUUUGAUUUCAGCAGGUCUCUCAACCUGUUGGUGACGGGUGGUCUGGACCCUGCGGUCAAACUGUGGAACUGCUACAUGACCGCUCGGCCAGUCGCGGUCCUGCAUGGUCACGGCACCACAGUACUGGACGUGGUCAUCUACCAACCACUGGGACAGGUCCUCAGCUACUCCAAAGAUGCUGAGCUGAGGGUGUGGGACAUCUCCUCCAAUCGCUGUCUGAGGACUGUCCACCUGCAGUUCCCCUGUCUGCAGCCAGGGCGUGCCCCAGAGCACGGCAACUUCCCUUUCCUGUUGGUGGCCCCGCCCUUCCUGUCGCAGACUCCGCCCCAUAUCCUGGUGUCCUGUCGAGACUACCUGGCCAGGCUGAGGCUGGAGGAAGGGGGGAGGGGGGAUGAGCAGGGAGGAGGGGGAAGAGGAGGGGGAAGACAAUGCCAUGGUGCCCCCCUCUCCUGUGCUCUCUACAACCCCACACUGAAACAGGUCAUCGCCGGAUGUGAUGACUCGUCUGUAUCAGUGUGGGACGUAGAAACAGGGAGGAUGCGUCUGAAGAUCACCAGUGCUCAUGGAGACGAGGAGAUUACCUGCAUGGCGCUAGACUCCUCCCACAGACGACUCAUCACUGGCGCACGCAACGGAACCAUCAAGGUGUGGAACCUACUGAAUGGCCUCAACCUACACAAGCUAGAGCCUGUCACCCUCUCAGAGGUCACAGGGGUCAUCUGUCUCCAUGACAACCAGUUGCUGGCCGUGGGGUGGAGCCAGCAGGUCGCUCAGUAUGACAUCAAACGGGCUAAGGAUGUGUUUGUGAGGGCAGACAUGUCGUGGAAGUCAGGUCAGCAACACAGAGCUGACAUCCUGGUGGUUGACCACUGCCCUGCCCUGGGGGUCAUUGCUACGGGCAGCCAUGAUGGAGAGGUCAUCGUCUGGACCUUGGACACACAGCGACCCCUGGUUCGCCUGCAGAGGGCCACUCACUCACUGACAACGCCCCCUGUGGACGCGUUGCUGUUCCUGCAGCGGAGGGGUGGGGACAAGCACUGGAGGAACACACCUAUCCUCCUCUCCUCACAGGCUGGAGGGAUCUACUGGUGGAGCAUCACUGGACACAUGCACACUCAUGGUCAGUUCUAUGCCCCUGGUGGAGAGAAGGAGUGUGUGUUGGGGCUGACUUCAGACCAGGAGAACAACAUCCUGGUCACUGGAGACACAGCAGGGUGUGUUCAGGUCUGGGACAUCUCUCAGUACGCGCUCUACAUCACACAGGAGCCCUCCUCAAGCCACCCUCCUCUCCUGCAUUCCUGGAGGGCCCAUGAGGGGGCGAUAGUGAGUGUUGAGGUGCUGUUGUACACAGAGAGACUCUUCUUCCUCUCUGGCUCUGUGGAUGGGACCAGCAGAGUGUGGACGGGGGAGGGAGGGAAUGUAGGUUCCUUUGGACAGGAACCACAGUGGAGCCUCACUGACCCAGACCCUCACCACACCUGCAGAGACCAGGUAAACAACCUGGCUGAGGAGGAGAAGGAAGAAAGGGGGGAGAAGAUUGAGAGUGAAAGUGACCAAUCACAGAGCAGCGAGGUCACAGGUCAAACAUCUGACCUUUUCAGCGUGGGUCAGGGUUCACCGGAGGAAUGGAUUUAUGAAGGGCCUGUGGAGGAAGCCCCAACACCAGAGAACCAGACAGGGCCUGUCUGCACAGAGGAGAGCUCUGCUCCAAGUCACACUCAACACAUCAGGGUGUCUCAGUGUCAUCAGCUGUAUGGGGGCAUCCAGAGGAAGAUGGCAGUUAGGAGAGAGAGGAGGCAGGUGUUUGGUGACAUCAACGUCAAUAAGCUCUUCCCCAUCGGUUGCUUGUGCACGCCCUUCCAGGCCCUGGCCUUGCAGGACUGUCAGCAGGUGUUGCUGCCGGAGGAUUUACCCAUGAGCCCUUGGAUGCAGCGUCAGACUCUGAGUAGUGUGAGUGAAGCGGGGCUUAGCUCCCUACAGCUGUCAAUCAACAGCUCAGAGCAAGAACAGGAAGCCACCUGACCAGCCUCUUCCUUCUCCUAUUCUCCUCCUCCUCCUCUUCCUCAUCUUCCUCCUCCUCCUUCCCUCCUCCUUUUCCUCCUUAUCCUUCACCUCCUUCUCCUCUUCCUCUCCCCCUUCUCCACUUCCUUCUCCUCUUCCUCUCCACUUCUCCUCCUCCUCCUCUUCUCCUAUCAGAUUAUAGUGUAAUAAUAUGUCAUAUGUAACAUGCAUGAUAUUAUAUAUACCUCACAUGCGACUCAUAAUAAUAAUAAAUAAUAAAACCAAAUAAUUAGCCCACUAAAUGAAUUAUCAGCAUAUCUCAAUUUCCUCUGACAAAAUAACACACUCCUGAACUCAGCUCAAACAGUAGACCGAUGUAGCAUCCACAGUUACAACCAAUAGGAGGCACUAACAGACCAAUUUCCAUAGACAUUAUAGGUGGUACUAGACCAAUAUAUGGAGACAUUAUACACUACCAGUCAAAAGUUUUAGAACACCUA